AUGUCGAAAAUGAAUGAUAUGAUGUGGGAGGUCCACCUCUCCGUCUUCCAGGCCUCCAUCGCGACGAACGAGCGGUUCAUGUCGAGCGCUCUGAUACCAAAGAGCACGAGGAAGAAUCUCUUCAACCCGAAUAGGAGACUCAAGAAGUACCAAGAGCGGUCAAAGGAGAGACAGGAGCUGGCUAUCAAGGAUCCGGCGCACGCCGACACCUACACGUACCAACCUCUCAAGCCGAACGAGAUCCGGCUGCUGCACAUCUUGCCCGCCGCGUCCCCGGAAGAGGAGGUCAAAUGCACGCUGACGGUCGAGUCGCUGGACGACGGCAAAGGCCGCCCAAGCUUCGAGGCGCUGUCGUACACGUGGGGCGACCCUUCCGAAGAGCACACCGUGCUGUGCGACGGCAAAUCCAUCCUCGUCACGCGGAACUUCCUGGCCGCCGUUCGCGACAUCCGCCUGGCCGACCGCCCGCGCGUGUUCUGGAUCGACGGCGUGUGCAUCAACCAGGGCGACAUGGAGGAGCGGUCUGUCCAGGUCCAGCUCAUGGACUCCAUCUACCGGAUGGCCGACUCGGUCGUGGUCUGGCUGAGCGAGCCGAGCACCGAUACCGAGCUCGGGUUCAAGCUGAUGAGACAGCUGGGCAAGCUUGCCGAGGAGACGCCGCCCGAGCUCUGGGACAAGCCCAUGUUCGAGGCCGACCUUGCCAGAUACAGCCUGCCGCCGACGGAAAGCAACGAGUGGACGGCAUUGGAGUCGUUGUAUUGGCAGCCGUGGUUCGGCAGGAUAUGGAUUGUGCAGGAAAUCACCGUCGCUAGGUCUGCAGGCAUCAUCUGUGGCAAAGACAGCAUUCCCUGGGAGACCUUUGCCUUUGUCUCACACUUCUUCUACCGCCGCAACUUCAGAGGCGUGACGAGGCUUGACAUUACUCCCGGGCUCAACCUUUUGGCCAUGAGAGAAACCUAUCAAAAGGGAACACGGCCCGAUCUGCUGGGUCUUCUGUCGAAUUUCAGGCAGUCGCUCGCCACGAACCCCAUCGACAAGGUCUAUGCCCUCCUCAACCUCGCCGCCGACGCCAAGAUAAUCCCCGACUACUCCCUCUCGGCGCCGGAGGUCUUCCGGAACCUAGCCGCCUCCUUCCUCAAAGAGUCCCUCGACAUCCUCAACCUGAACAGCGACCCGGCCUGGAAGCUGCUCGAAGACGAGCUGCCGACCUGGGUCCCGGACUGGUCCUGCGCCUCGCGCGAGUACCCCCUCCUCUUCACCCCGAAAGGCCGCUCCUGGCGCGCCGGCGGCCCGCCCGGGGAGCCCCCCGCCGUGCGCUUCUCGGACGACGGCAGCAGGUUCUACGUCAGGGCCCGCGUCGUCGGCGAGGUCAGGGACAUCGGCGAGACCAUGAUGUCGGCCGCGCAGCUCGAGAUGCAGCGCGUCUACGGCGACGGCAUCGCCAGGCGGCCCGUCGGCAUCACGCUCGGCUGGUCCCGCGAGCGCCGGUGGCGCAUGUGGGAGCGCCUCGUCCUCCGGCUCAAGGCGUACCCCGCCACGGGCGAGGACAUCCGCAGCGUCCUGCAGCAGACGCUCGUCGGCGGCGCCGACGUCGUGGCCGAGGUCCCCCCCGGGGGCCCGGACCUCGAGCAGCUGUACAUGGCGUUCCGGCGCGCCGAGAUCCCCGACGGGAGCGGCGGCGAGGCCGCUUCCGGCGCGUCGCACGACGAGAUCAGCGCGUGGCGGUUCAGCCGGGCGGCGACGGUGGCGUCGCAGGGGCGCAAGAUCUUCACUACCAAGGGCGGGCUGGCCGGGCUGGGCCCGCACUCCACGCUGCCCGGGACGCUGGUCGUGCUGUUCCAGGGGGGGAAGACGGCGUACAUCGUCAAGAAGGGGAAGAAGGCCGGGGAGUACAAGUUCCUCGGCGAGGCGUACCUGCACGGCUACAUGGACGGGGAAGGGGUCAAGGAAGGGGAGGAGUGGGCCGAGCUUUGUCUCGUUUGA